AUGGAUUCUGCUCAAACAAGUAGAGCUGGGAGUGAGGACAGAAGUUGUCCCCAGACUGGCUCAGUGGCUAAAGAGGUAGGGACCUUCUCCAAAGGAAAGGUACAAAUGUCUGCUACCCUUAACACAAAGGUGUGCUCUCCAGGUGAUACUUUAAAUGUCGUCGCCAAAAUCCACAACUCCUCUUCCAAAAAAAUGAGGCCCAAAUUCAGUUUACAGCAGAGAGUAGUGUACCGUGCCAAUACCCGUGCUAAACACACUGUCCAAAAUCUGUGGAAAAAAUCUGGGGAGACUGUAGCACUGGACAAAGAGGAAACUGUUUCCUGCCAAGUAAAAAUUCCUGCUGAUGUCAUCUACACUGUCCAUGACUGCGACAUCAUCUCAGUUGAACAUUACUUCAAGGUGUAUUUGGACAUCAGUUUUGCCUUUGACCCAGAGGUGGCGUUUCCACUGGUCAUCGUUCCUCCUAGCUCUGCUACCUUUCAGCCUGGUAGAGUUGAGGGGCCUUAUCCAGCAGGAGCUGCUGGGGCCCCAAGUUACAGCAACUUCCCUUCCCCUGCCUUCCCUGUGGGGCCUUACUCAGCUGGGGCUGCUGGGGCCCCAAAUUACAGCAACUAUCCUCCCCCUGCCUUCCCUGUUGGACCUUAUCCUGCACCAGCAGGUUCAGGUGCUUAUGGAAACCCAGCACUAUAUCCCACUCUGCCUGCAAACAUGACAAGUGGCUAUAAUAAUCCAUGGCCACAACAGGCCGCUCCAUACGGGUUUCCAACUGCAGCUUCAUCUACAGCGCAGCAUCAAACCCCGACUGCUCCACCUCUGUUUCAACAGGCAGAUGCACCUCCAUCUUACAUGUCUAUUUUCCCCCCUGCUCAGGACACCUUCAGUACAACAGGGUCAGAUAAAAAAAGCUAAACUUCAAAAAGAACGCAGAUAAUCUUGACUUAAAAAAUACAGACAGAUCAUGUUUCGUAUGUACAGUGCAGUGUGUGUUUUGCUUUUGAACCAACAUGACCUGUCUACAAUGGUGAAAGACGGUUAAGUUGUUGCCAAUACACCAACACCUGUAUGGUGUUGAAAGCAAUUAGAAACACUUGACAUCAUAGCAAUCGAUUUAUUUAAAUGUUGGAAGUGCCACAGAAAAAUUUGUGAAUUUUGACCCAACGGUAGGUUUUUCAGAGGGGUUAACCAAUUAGCAGUGACCUUUAUAUAAAUAAAUGUCUUGUUGAUUUUUACUUAAUGUGUGUAUAUGUUUUGUUUGUUUUGGCAGUGUAAAAGUGUGUUUCCCGUGCCAAUAAAUCCAUCAUUUUUUUAAAUCAAA